ACACAGUGCGAUACACAGGGCGAUGGCAGUCUUGUUAAAACACGCUUGAAGACUUGUUUAUCAAUAGUGAAGUGAGCUAAUGACCGGACUUGUCUUGUUCUCAGGGAUGCUGUAAGUCCGCAGACACUGGGUUUGACAGUGACUCUUGUUAUCAAAGCCUUACGUGACAGAUGAAUGACUGGCUGUAAAGAAACACUGAACCUACAUUGGUACUUUGGCCCCUGAAAUCGUACACUUCACAUGAGAUGAGCCACAGCGUGUUUCCAGGCACCGAUAAUAAGACAAUAAAAGAAAGUAAACAGCUGUGCUCCCUUUGAAUGGCUUCAUUUACGCUUCUAUUGGGUCAACAUCUAAUUUCCUUAAUUCUGUGCCGAAUAGUAAGGUUUGCAGCCCCUUCCUAUUGUGUAGCACCCACUGUUUAAAAUUAGAGAUCCUGCUUCACAUAAACCUACAGGAAGUUCAAACAAAGCAUUAGUCUUAGUACUGCCACCAGAGAGCUGUUGAGGUUUGUGGGAUUUUCCUUAAAGGAGCAGAAUCAUGUUUUGUUGAUAUUAGACACUGGACAGAAGACUCAGCACUAGAGGGCGACAGGUCUGACACAUAUACAGUAUGUGCUGUGCAAAAUCGACCCAGAAACCUAGAAAAGUGGAAGAUCCUCAAAAAGCUUCAUUUUGAUCAGAGGUCAGUUCAUUCGAUGUGAUGAUAACCCCGAACAGCAGAAGAAAACAUUACAGACACCACGGCUGUAAUUAUUGCUCCACGAAUGAUUAGUGGAUCUCAUCUUGACUACAAGCCGUAGUGAUGACAAGCGUGCUCACAGUCUGUUUUCCCUUGAUGUAUCUCAGAGCGGCCACCUCACAGCCAGUACAUUUCCAUGAGAACAUGACCUCCCCUCUGAGACAACAAAAGCUCCCCUUACCGAAUUGUCAAAUGUUACAUGAGGGGGAGCAAAGAAAUGGGCGUCCACAGCUCAACAAUAAGUCGGACAAUGCCGGUACAAGAGUCUUUGUGUGAACUCAGUAUAACUUUUCCUGAGGCAAAGAUAGCACUGAAUGGCUUGGAAAUGUGUGGGUGGACCUGAAAGCGAAAUUUAGACAGAAAGAGGCCUGUAUCUUAAGUUGUAGUCUGCCCUUUUGUACUCAUGAUUAAAUGGUGUUAAUCAUCCCGCCAUGAGAAGUCAAAUCAAGCCUCCCAGUCAACAGAUGUUAAUGCCUUAUUUUCCACUGCUUCCCACUCGGCUCUGUGCAGCUGGUCUUGUUAAACCUGUAUGAGAACACAUCAUCCAGACAGGCAGGUAUGGCAGCUGUAGUGUGGGAAGGGACUCCUGCAGCUCACUGACAGCCCUCCACUAACUCUCCAUUCACUGCAAACACUUGAUAUUCUCACCGUGAAACUCUUUUGUUUCUGAAUUUUCACUGUUAGCAUGCAAUGUUUUGAAUGAUGAGUCUGAAAUAAUACCUCACAUCUUUCUUGGUUGAGACAAAGACUGAAAGCUUUCCCAUAUAGAGAAGACAGUGUUUCAAUAGCAUGAGGGAACAUUUACCUCAUUAUAUUAUUAUGGGUUGUUGAUUUCAGGCAACACAGACUGGGAUUACUUCAGACAGAUACUGUCUUUUGAACUUUAAGCUUUUCUGGCUGAGGUGGAGAAACAAGCCUUCUCGCUAUCAGACUGCCUGCUAUUGUGUCAUAAAAACACCACUGAGAGAUAAUUGAAAGAUAAUUUUGUUGCACUUAUGAAAUGGCAUUCACAGCCUUGGACACUGCUGUGAUUUAUUCUCAGUUAGAUGUUCCCUGGCUGUGAGGAUUGCAACAUUCAAAUUAAGAACAAAUAUUUCCCAAUUUAUUGGUGAUCUGGCUUCAAUCGAAAUGAGCGUAAUUUAUAGUUCUGUCUGAUUUAAAGUGAACUUCCUCUCUUGUCUGAUUGUUAACCACGUUUGAUUGCAAAAGAUCCCAUCGUCUGGCUGGACGUGGUUUAGGCAGUUGAUGGGAGGAGUCGGGUCAUAGUUAUCCGCUGAGCUCAGAGCGUCGUCUCACUCUCACCUGGAGAACCAAGACACGACUGUCUUUUCAACACUGGCAGAAAAAACUGCUGACAGAAUUAGUGUGGGGGGAAAUUGAGCUCUGUAGGUCUGAAAAUGUCUUCUGAUAGUGCCUUGGAGGUGUAUAAGGAGAUGGUCCUGCUGUACCUGGAGGAGGGCCGGCGGCAGGUCAACUCUCGCUGUGCAGAGCUGGAGCCAUGGCAGAUCAUCGGAGCCACGGUCAUCACUACACUGGGAGCUAUCUGGAUCAAAGGCUUCCUCUUCCAGCAAGAAAGUCUCACAUCCCGAAUCAAGAAGCAGUGCUUUCGACUCAUCAGAAAAAUACCCUUUGUUGGGGGAGCAAUUCAGAGUCAGCUCAACAAGGCUUUAGAUGACAUGUCUGCCAGUCUGUGUACUCUGAAGGAUGGGAUGAGCUACACCAAACAGCUGCCUGCUAAAGGUCUCUCUCAGAGCCAAGUCCUGGACAAAAUCAGAGAGUACGAGACUCUCAAUGAGGUGCAGUGGGAGAAAGGAUGUGUUUCUGGUGCAGUGUACUGGGGCGAUGAGUCACUGACCAAUCUCCUGGUGAAGGUAUAUGGAGAGUUUGCAUGGAGCAACCCACUUCAUCCAGACAUCUUUCCUGGCGUGAGAAAGAUGGAGGCAGAGGUUGUGAGAAUGGCUUGCACACUUUUCCAUGGUGGACCUAACUCCUGUGGAACAGUUACCUCAGGAGGAACUGAGAGCAUACUGAUGGCCUGCAAGGCUUACAGGGACAUGGCCUAUGAACGUGGUGUCAAAUACCCUGAAAUUCUUGCACCUGUGAGCGUCCACGCAGCCUUUGACAAAGCAGCUCAUUACUUUGGGAUGAAGCUUGUUCACAUUCCCCUGGACAAGAAAACUAUGAAAGUAGAUGUGAAGGCUAUGAAGAGAGCCAUCAGCAAGAACACGGCCAUGCUCGUGUGCUCAGCACCUCAGUUUCCUCAUGGAAUCGUGGAUCCCGUUGAGGAAGUGGCAAAGCUGGCUGUACGCUACAACCUCCCGCUGCAUGUGGAUGCCUGUCUGGGAGGAUUUCUCAUAGUCUUCAUGGCCAAGGCAGGUUAUCCAAUUGCCCCGUUUGACUUCAGGUUAAAAGGUGUUACCAGCAUCUCUGCAGACACCCACAAGUAUGGUUACGCCCCCAAAGGUUCCUCAGUGGUGCUCUACAGUGAUAAAAAGUACCGUCACUACCAGUACUUCGUAGCUCCAGACUGGCAGGGAGGGAUCUAUGCCUCGCCCUCCAUUGCAGGCUCCAGGCCAGGAGGAAUCAUUGCCGCCUGCUGGGCGACCAUGAUGCACAUGGGAGAGAAUGGAUACAUAAACGCCACAAAGAAGAUCAUCAGCACAGCACGCAAAAUCAAAACGGAAAUCCGCAAGAUAAAAGGUGUGUUUGUGUUUGGCGAUCCAGAGGUGUCAGUGGUGGCAAUAGGCUCAGAUGUUUUCGAUAUUUUCCGUCUGUCUAAUGCUCUGACAUCAAAGGGCUGGAAUCUGAACACGCUGCAGUACCCAUCCAGCAUCCACAUUUGUUGCACAGUUCUGCACACACAGCCGGGUGUCGCUGAUCAUUUUAUCCGAGAUGUCAAAGAGCAGGUUGCCAUCAUCAUGAAGAACCCCAAAGAGAAAACCACAGGAAAGGGAGCGAUCUACGGCAUGGCCCAGUCCAUUCCAGACAGAUCUUUGGUAACAGAGAUCUCCCGAGGCUUCCUGGACUGUCUCUACAGCACUGAGGUGCCCAAGUCAAGCAACAGCCACAUGAACGGUAACGGCAAGGCCCACUGAAGGAGGACUGGGCCCUCCUGGUCCAACCCCACCUCACACAGGGAAACACGCUCAACUCCUUGCAGAGCUCUGAGUUAACCGCUCAACGAUUGCCUUAUCUUGCAUAGCUAUACCAUUGGAAAACAUCUGCAAAGAUCUUAGAAGCACAAGCCAUCGGCAUUUUAAUCAGCCCAGAGGAAAAUCACUUGUGACACUGCGCUUACAUGGCACAGAGAAGAAAUGACUGUAUGUGUGUGUGUCUUAUACUGUUUGUUUUAAAAGUUCAUUUCAAUUUUAGCUUUUGUUAAAUGCAUAUGUCUGUAAUAAUCUCUGACUGCAAAGCAAAAACACUUUUGUUUUUUACAAAACCGGAACAUUUCAGCUUGCUGCCAUCACUGCUUCACUAUCUGUGAUGAUUUAACAAAAAACACAGACCACUAAAAGCUAGUUAGAAGUGCUGUGCUGCCCUCUAGCAUGACACGUAACGUACUGUUGUAGCCUGGCUCUACAUGCACAGGCCUGUCAAAGGUGUUAUGAUAUCAUUAUCUGGUAUUAGUUCUCUGAAAAACAGCAUUUUUCAUGUAAAAGCACUGCAAUGCCCUGACAAGAACAUAUCAGGCUAAUCUGUAAAUCACUUGAAACUGCAAUUAUGAUUUAUGGUAGAAGUUUGAAAGCAUGAAUGUGCGUGUCCUGGUUUGUUAGCACUUGCUAUGAUGAAAUUCAUUUUGUUUUAAGUCACAAUUCGUGGUCCAUCUACAGUUUGGAUUUGUAGGGAGGGGGAGAAUAAGUUGGAUAGUGGGAUCUUUUAUUGUCAUUUAUAUUCAAUGAAACUGUCUUUAGAUUAAAAAUGAGGGAAGCUGUAACCAGGGCAUAAAUAUUUUGAAAGCAGCUAGUGGAAUCCAAAGCUUUUCAGCCACUUUGCUCAUUUUGUUCAGUGUUUUUCAGAAUUGGAAAGGGGCUUUUUCACAGUAGCCUGUCUUGUAAGGUGAGACAAUGAAAUGUUGACAUCUUUCAGCAGACUGAAGGCUGUUUUCCACCCUGGUCUACUGUAUAUUAUCAAGAAGUACACACUUAAUAUUCCCUCUGUAGGCUGCAAAGAGUCACCUGUGUACCACUUUGUUUUAAUCAUUUGUCUCCUAAUUCAAUCUACCUCAGUUUCUAAUCAAUGCAAAUCCAUUGAAACGCAUUCUAACAGCGCAGUCAUUUCUAACAUAAUUAACUUCACAUUGUUGGGGUAUUUGACUGUACUGUAAGUGUUCUCAGACAUGCCGAUACUGAAAAAAAAAAACAAAUUCACUGUGAUGGAGGUUUUUGAUCCACAGAUUUGAUAGAUUUGUCAUGGGAGAAACUCCUUUCCUGCCCUGUCUGAAUGUGGAUGUGUUGGUAUAUCCAUUCUGCAGGGUAUGUACACAUUUACUAACAGGUUGACAACUUGAUGAUGCAUACCGUAAAAGGACCUUGUGUUGUUUCUUUGCUCUCAUGUGCUUUCCUAAUAUUGCUUGUUGAAAUUAUGUGUUUCUAUGAAAUUAUUUCCAUGUUUGUGCAAUAUCUAACUUUUCCUUUUAUGAAGUGAAACGAAGGGGAAUGCUGUACUAAUGUUUUAGAGACAAGUCUUUAGAAGAAUAGUAUUGAAUGAUAGUAUAUCAGCCUUGUUAGUGUAAUUUAACCAUUUGCGUGACCACUGGGUGUGCAUUCAUCACUUAAUUUGUGACUUGUUUUUAUGUACUGAGCAGUUUCAAAGAGAUUAGACAUGAAUGUAUUUAGGUUCUGACAUGAGCUGGGAUUUCUUUCCCCCCACAUCUUUCAGUCAGUUUGUGGUUAAAAGAUAAAAGGACACAACGCUUCCACUAACAAUUGAAGGUCAUACCAUCAUCAUGUGACCAGUCAUCAUUCAUACUUUGCCCAGGGACAGGGCGUGGAAACCCGUGCCCAUGCAAAAAAUAGACUUUUCAGACAAUGUCUCAUCCUGUUUACUUUGGAGAAAAAUCAGCAAAAAUUGUGACGAUUGAAUGGUCAAGAAAUCUCUCUUUUGAAUAAAAACCUUUAAUGCU